AGUCGUGGUUGUAAGCUAGGAAAGCUCGACAGAGCAAAAUAAACCAUGUGUUAACAUCACACGGCAAUGAUUCUAGUGUGAUAAAUUGCAUGCAGACAUUUCACAAUGCCUAAAACCAUUAACAAAAAGGACGGUUCCUCCAGUCGAGUCACUUCUUCUCCAGGGGGGCAGACACCGAGUAAAGAAUCCAGAACUGCCUCCAUUGUGGCUAGCAUUGCAGAGGGCCUUAACGACUCGAGGGGGAUCCGCGCCCCAAUUUGGCCCGAGUGGAACGAGGCGGAGGUCAGCACGGAGAAAUGGGACGCUUCCAAAAGCAAAGACUCCAAGGGUGGCAAGGGAACCUACACACCGUUGAAUCAACUAAACUUUGAAGAUCCAGAGGGCCGCGUAGAGCUGCCAUUGUCUCUGAAGGUUCACUCAUGGAAGCGUCCAUCAGAGAUUCUGGAGUCUCCAGUGGUGGUGGAGAAUGAGUCUACCUUUGACUUGACUACAGCCAACGAGCACUUACUGUGCAGCGAGCUGAUGCGUUCGAUCAUCAGUGAGAUCUACAUCCUGUGGAGGGCGCUCAACGGCACUGGUGGAGGUGGCAGCCGCUGUGGUGCAGCUAGCGGCGGUGGCGGUGGUGGCACUAAUGAAGACCGACCCGUGUCCAUGGAGACGACGCCUGGCCCCUGGAGGCCGUGGGAGCACAUCUACUCCCUGGGUAGAGUGGCCAAGGGACAGCCGCCCCUCUACAACCCCUAUGGGAAAUACAUACUCAAACUCUACUGGAUGGGAGCGUGGAGGAAGGUAACCAUCGACGACGCUCUGCCAUUGGACGAGGAUAACAAGCUUCUGCUGCCGGUCAGCACUGCGCGGUCAGAGCUCUGGCCCAUGCUAUUGGCCAAGGCCCUCAUCAAACUGGCCAAUACCGAUGCGAUCCCUGGGCACAGGAGAGAGCUGGGCGAGUUCACCAUCAUUCACACUCUCACAGGCUGGGUGCCUGAGAUUAUCCCUCUGAACGGCACACGGUGCCUGGGUUCGCUGUGGUCUUUCCUGAGAGAGGCCAUCCCUCGCUUCCACCCCAGGAAGGAGAAGGAGAAGGAGGGAGAAGCUUCCAUUUCCCCAUCCCUCACUGCCAUACACACCAGGAGCCCUGACAAGCGCAGAGACUCGCUGAAGAGGAAGGCAGGACAGGAAGACAGGAAGCAUGAAAGCCCAGUCACGAGCACCUGCCAAGCCAGCAGCGCCGACACAUCAGAGGAUUUGGUGGUGUGUGCCAGUUAUCUGCCUCUGCAACUCCUGGAAAAGAAGACGUCGGAACUGGGAAAGCUGGCGGAUUCGUCUGAGUGUCUGCGUCAGUGUGGCCUGUCCCAGCUGUUCAGCCACCCGGUGCUGCUAACCCGCACGCGAGUGGGGCCCCUGGUGACGCCACCCUCUCCCCCGCCCAUCCCCCGCUGGAAACUCAUACGGCCCCGCAAGCAGCACCACCCCACCGACGAGCCUAAAGAGCCCCCGGUGGCGAAACCAGAGGAUUACAUCGAGGUGGCCAGCCCCUUCAUUAACUUCAGGCUGAAGACCUCAGUGGACAGCAUGCCAGGGGAAGCCCCAGUGCCUUCAAGUCGCAGGAGGCAAACCGGCUUCAACUCGGUUCUGGGCUCCUUUACGGAGCAGGAGGAGAGUGAGCGCCAAGUGGUCACGGAGAACCCUGAACCAGAACCCGUAGAAAUGCUGGAGCCCACCGAGGUUACAGCAGAGGACAAGAGGAAGGACGAGAGGCCACCCUCUGAUGAGGCGAGCAAUGCUUCCCCUGAUGCAAAGAUUCCAUCCCCGGUGUGUGUGGCUGAGAAACCUGUGCUACAGGAGACUUGGGUGCCUUUGGAGAACUUUACCCAGUGCUUUCAGACUCUGCUGGUGUUCCAUAAGUCCAGUGCUUACCCCCAUCAGGCCAUGAAAUCCCAGUUCAAGAGCUCCAUUUGCCCCAGGCUCUCUGCGUCAGACCUCCUCAGUCCUAAUGCACAGUGUCCAGAAGAGAAGGCCUCGUAUUUCCUGGUCGUGGACAGUCUGCAGCCCUCUGAGAUUCUUAUCAGCUUCUCCGCACUGGUACACUGGGGAGACACCCUCGAGGAGAAGAAGGAGCAGCGUGUGCGUUCUGGUGUGCUGACGGUGGAGCCCUUCUCCUGGAAGAGCCUCCAGUGCCAACUGCCCAUCCUCACCACACACUCCUCCGCGUGCAAAGCUGUCAUACUCAAACUAGAGCCUGGGCGUCGUGUCUUCCGUAUCCACCUGAGGGCAGUGUUGGGUUUCCAUGUGCAUCUGUUCAGCCAGACGCCUAUUGUGUUUGGAGAUGAGGAGUCUGUACUCCCUGCUCUCACCAAGGAGAGUGUGUGUUUUGAGGAGCAGGCGUUGUGCGUGUUGCGUGCGAUGGCUCAGGUGGUGGGCUGCUUCUCUAGCGAGGCCGGACAGCAGGCGGCACUCAGGGCUCUCUCACACACACACUUCCCACCCGACGCGCCGCGCACUGCUGCAGGCCAACACAUGAAGGUGUUUGGCGAGGCGGUCCAGGUGAUGUUCUCGAAGGCUCUGGAGCGCAGGCUGAGCCCUGAGGAGCUGCUAGCUGUACGAGCCCUGACCCUGCAGCCCGGCUGUGGAGGGGGAGAAGCAGGAGGAGAGGGAGGAGGAGGAGGAGGAGGUGGAGGUAGCCCUUACCGCACGCCCUCGCAGCACCGCACGGACUCACCAGCCACGGCAGCAGCAGAAGCGGGCAUGUGGGCCGCGCGCUGCCCGCCCACGGAGGCGGAGACCCAGGCCGCCACCACUCUGCAGGCUGGGCUGCGGGGGUAUGCCGCUCGCAAGGUGGUCGCCGCCGCUCGGCCAGGCACCAAAGAGAAUGAGAGCGCUGCCAAGACGUUGCAGGAAAUGUGGGCAUCUGUAGAGACAGAUCUGAAGAAGCACGCCAUCUCCUUGUUGGGGUACAUGUUCAGUGAGAGCCCUGGCUGUGCGGAGCUGUACAGCUGCAGGCAGGCGGAGGAGAGUCACAUCAGCCUGCUGGAACAUUAUGUGGCCCUGCCCGACACGCCCCACACAUGGGCUCUCAUCUACAGGGAGGUGUUCAUGGUGCCUAAGGACACCCUGCUGGUGGCUAAGGUGUUCUCCCCGGUGCCGUCCGUGCUGCACGUCAUCGAUAACGACACGGGAGAGCAGGUGCCAAAGGUCUUCCGCAGGGUACAACCACACGUCUACAAGAAGAACCAGAAUGGCUAUACGUUUGUGGCGGAGACCCACACGUCUGACGCUCCAAACGGCCGCUGGCGGCUGAACCUGAUUGGCUCUCGCCAGCCCCUCCCCGUGCCACUGCGAGACCCGGCCAGCAACAGCUUCUGCGUCAAGGAGUUCAAGGACUACUACAUCCCCAAUGACAAACACAUUAUUUGCAGGUUCUGUGUGAGUGUGGGCAUGGACGCGAUGUGCACGGUGCAGUUCCAGGCCUCUCUGCUCCAGGUGCAGCUGCGUCUGACUGUGCUGGACCACAACACACCCCUCGCUACCGCCACCGGUCGAGGACAAGCUCUCAUCCCAGUCUUCACCUUCAGGACUGACGCAGGCCUACUAAGACGUGAGGGGAUACAGAAGAAUUCAGACAGUCAGAAGACCUCGGCAAAUACACCUGACACCGACGAUGGAUUGGGGGAGGAGGGCUCAAUUGCAGAGGAGCACUCUCAGGCGGAGGAGGAAGAGGAGAGCAUGGACACACAUAAGUACAUGCUGCAGGUGGAGGUUCUGCACCGGAGCUGGCCCAUAACCGAAACAGAGGCUACCUUCAUCGAAAGCCGCCGCCUCGCCGAGAGGAACGAACUACGAGUGGCUGUAGACAAGUUGGAUGAGAUGAGUGCAGAGCAGGCGACCAGCGAUGGCCAGAAGUCGACGACGCCCAAGUCCGGCCGCAAGGCAAAGGAGAAGGAGAAAGAGAAGGAGAAGGAGAAGCCGGCAGCCAAGCCUGGCUCCAAGAUCGAUCAACUAGACAUGAGCAUGCCCCACUGGAUGCUGCGUGUGGUGUGUGACCAGUCGGAGGCGGAGAACGUGUGUGUGAAGAGAGACACGGAGCGGCAGGAGCAGAUCAGAGCCCUCAAAAUGGCCUGGGAGAGCGCGGAGCCCGGCAGAGCUGUCAAGGCCCUGCAGUCUCGUCUGCAAUUUAUAAAUAAACGUCUGCGUGGGCUGACUGGAGACGCACCACCAACAGAUGGAACAGAGCGGGAGCGGAGAGAGUCCUCUGCCUUGUCAAACUCUCAGUCGCCUGAUGGUGCCGCCAGCCCCCAAAUAGACAUGAGUCUCAUCCACGCUGUGGUUCCACCCAUGGACUACACGCCAUACAUCAGGCGUUCUGGUGCUGGUCCGCCGGUGCUGAAAGAUGAGAGUGUGUGUGAGCGCCAGCGUGUGUGUCGCUCGGAGCGUCUGCAGGAGUGGCGUCUGCAGCGGGACAUGGUGCUGCAGCGCCGCCUGGUGGAGAGCAGCGCACGCCGCGCCCUCAAGAGACGGCAGCUGGAGCAGUACGACAAUAUACAGGUGGCACUUUCAGUCUACCGGCGGCCGGUGUUGGAGGCGCGGGAGGCCUUGCUGCAGCAGAAGGGCUCGCAAGAUCAGCUGGACGCGGAGGGUCUGCGCUGCGAAGAGGAGCUGGCCACCGAGGCCCCGAAGCCGGCGCAGGACGCAGACAAGCGCAAAAACGCCUCCGGCAAGAAGAAAUAGCCACCCACUCACCCCUCCCCCACUCCCCCCGCUCCCACCAUAGAUGUAGAAAGUAUAAGCAAAAAUUACUCUUAUACAGUUGUAAUUACGACACUAGUAGUAUGAAAUGACAUUGUUGCAACUAUGUUAUUUCUUUGCCAGUAGUGUUGUAAUUGCAUCCGUAACUGUACUUCUACUUCUGCUUUAGACAUCUCCGCUCCCCACCCCACCCCACCCCACGCCCACUCUCCUCUUCCUCUGUGUAGUGUGCUAGCUCACUAAGGGAGCCAAAACAAAAGCAAUUCAUAUACCGUAGAGUAGUGCACUUUAGAGGAUUGUAGACUAGUGCACUACUAUAAGGAGAUUGAGUGGACAUUCUGGAUGUGCCCUAUAAUUGACACCCCCACCCCCUCCUCCUCUUAGCCCCACCUUUCCUCUUAUCGCAAAAUACUCUACUCCCAUUGGCUCAAUGACUUUUCGCUGCCAAUGCCCGUAGCUAGUGUAGCUGGUGUGGAUUGACUGGUGCAUCCCUGUGUCCUCUUGAUUAGUCACAAAGACCGGUAUAAAAUUUGUAUUUAUUAAACAUGAAUAGUUUCAUAUACAUUA